GUCUGGUUUCAGAACCGGCGAGCAAAAUGGCGCAAGCGGGAGCGGUUUGGCCAGAUGCAGCAGGUCCGGACCCACUUCUCCACCGCCUACGAGCUGCCCCUGCUCACCCGUGCUGAGAACUACGCCCAGAUCCAGAACCCCUCCUGGAUUGGCAACAACGGCGCCGCCUCCCCCGUGCCCGCCUGCGUCGUCCCCUGUGAGACAGUGCCCUCCUGCAUGUCCCCCCAUGCUCACCCCCAUGCCACCGGCGGCGUCUCCGAGUUCCUCGGCGUCUCUGGCCCCGGCAGCCACGUGGGACAGACUCACAUGGGCGGCCUCUUCAGCACGGCCGGCAUGAGCCCUGGCCUCAACGGCUACGAGCUGAACAGCGAGCCGGACCGCAAGACCUCCAGCAUCGCUGCCCUGAGGAUGAAAGCAAAGGAGCACAGCGCCGCUAUCUCCUGGGCAACAUGA